GGCGCGGCCCGCCCCCCGCGGAGGGAGACGCCAUUGCGAGUUGUUUGUGCAGGCGGCGGAGGGAGGCGGCGCCGCGGCCGCGCACUCUUUUUCCCGCGGCGAUCAUGUCCACCCCGGCGCGGCGCAGGCUGAUGCGCGAUUUCAAGAGAUUGCAAGAAGACCCUCCUGUGGGUGUCAGUGGUGCACCGUCUGAGAAUAAUAUAAUGCAAUGGAAUGCAGUUAUAUUUGGGCCAGAAGGGACACCUUUUGAAGAUGGUACUUUUAAACUAGUAAUAGAAUUUUCAGAAGAAUAUCCAAAUAAGCCUCCAACUGUUAGGUUUUUAUCAAAAAUGUUCCAUCCAAAUGUUUAUGCGGAUGGAAGCAUAUGUUUAGAUAUUCUUCAGAACCGCUGGAGUCCAACAUAUGAUGUUUCAUCUAUUUUAACUUCAAUUCAGUCUCUGCUUGACGAACCUAACCCAAACAGUCCAGCCAACAGUCAGGCAGCUCAGCUCUAUCAGGAGAACAAACGUGAAUACGAGAAAAGAGUUUCAGCUAUCGUCGAACAAAGUUGGAACGAUUCGUAACAACUGCUUUGUUACUCUCCAUCCUUGUAAUCAUGAUGUACAAUUUAACCCUCAGUAGAAAGGCUACCAGAAAUUUCAAGUGCCACAGUUCUAAGAAUUUGCAUAAAAACUCAUUUGCAAAUGGAAUUAAGCCCUCCAGUUUAGGAAACUUAAAAGCUUGUGUAUCUUGAUUAACGUACUUUUUAUUGCAUGGUAUGAACUAAGUUAUUGCUACAUAAAUUUGUAAUAUAUCCUGUUUGUAUUUUUUUUUUCCAAGUGUAUAAUGUUGGUGUGGAGUUUUCAUGACAGAAUAUACACAUUUUGUAAAUCUGUACUUUUUCAAAUAUUGAAUGCCUUAUUUUUAAAUUCUUUAGAUUUUUAAAUUGGAGAAAAAGCACUUAAAGUUUUUAUAUAUAAAUAUUUCAUGUAAAACUGUUAAAUACAUAACCUUAGUGCAAGACAUUCUGCUCUCACUCUAUAUCUCUUCCAAAGGGCUCAGUUCCAGCCCGUGUUUCCUUUGGGCACAUGCCGAUUAUACCACGCACUUUACCAACAGGAACAUUAAUCCAUGAUGUAACUGUCUUCACUGGAUAUCUCUGCUUCUGCACCAAAGGUUACCGUGAUUCUGUGGGUCCUCAGUUGUAUGAGGAGUAUUAGUGGACACCAACUUACAAAUGGGGGGAAACAGAGGGAACUGCUUUGCUAAGGGUCCUACUUCACACCAGCAGCGGAGUUGCCAGUGGCACCUGGCCAACCACACUUGACAAUAAUGUAUUCUAGUAACAUAUUUUUCGGGGAGAUUGUAUUUUACCAAAUUGUAAAAUGUUGUCAUCUAACUGUCCUAUAUUCACAUACAGAUACUGUCAUACAGUUUUAAAUAGCUUCUAAUAAUUAAAGAAGUAUCCCAUUAGUUUCCCUUGGGGGUAGGGAAAAAGUUAAUCACCAACAGAAGAAAACGUGCCUGUAGAUUUAAUGGGGUUAUGCUUUAAAACUUGGCUGUGUACCAUGUGGUCAGGUCUUGUGUCUGUAUCAGAGGUUCCAAGUAUUUUUCCCAGUUUUGAAGAAGAUUUGGUUUGUUUGUGUGAACGCUGAUGUGAUUUCUCACUAUAUUCUGUAAACCAGGCUCAAUGACUGCAGUAAAGAA